GUAAUCAAAAUCAAAUCAAGAACGAACAAAAAAAUGUCUGAUGCAAGAAGAGCCUGGUCGGAUAAUACACCACGCCUCACCCCUCACCACUAUCGCCACCGCCUUGGAGCCUCCGCCUUCUCCGAUCGCGGCGCCUCCGCCUCGCUCGAAAUGGCCGCCACCUCCGCCCCUGAACCCGCCGCCCCCCUCCGCUCGGUUCUCCUCGGCGUCGAUGUUGGCACCGGGAGCGCUCGCGCUGGCCUUUUUGAUGAGGAUGGGAAGCUUCUAGGUUCUGCUAGUAGCCCAAUACAGAUUUGGAAAGAUGGCAAUUGUAUUGAGCAAUCUUCAACAGACAUCUGGCAUGCAAUCUGUGCUGCUGUAAAAGCAGCAUGCUCUCUUGCAAAUGUUGCAGGGGAAGAGGUGGCGGGUUUGGGAUUUGCAGCUACUUGUUCUCUCGUUGCUGUGGAUGCCGAUGGCUCUCCUGUUACAGUAUCUUUGAGCGGUGAUACAAGAAGGAACAUUAUAGUAUGGAUGGACCAUAGAGCUGUCAAACAAGCCGAAAAGAUUAAUUCCUCUAGUUCACCAGUGUUACAGUACUGUGGUGGAUCUCUUUCUCCUGAAAUGCAGCCACCGAAGCUCUUAUGGGUAAAGGAAAAUUUGCAAGAAUCUUGGACAAUGGCAUUUAGGUGGAUGGACUUGAGUGAUUGGUUGGCGUACAGAGCAACAGGAGAUGAUACUCGCAGUCUGUGCACCACAGUCUGCAAAUGGACAUACCUUGGUCAUGCACAUAUGGAACAGAUCAAUGAGAAAGAUUCUCGAAAUAUGGAAGCUUGUGGAUGGGAUGAUGACUUUUGGGAGGAGAUUGGCUUAGGUGAUCUUAUAGAUGGACAUCAUGCCAAGAUAGGACGGAGUGUAGCUUUCCCUGGCCAUCCAUUGGGUUCUGGUCUAACCCCAGAUGCUGCGAAGGAAAUGGGUCUGAGAGCAGGAACUCCUGUUGGAACUUCAUUGAUUGAUGCUCAUGCUGGUGGUGUGGGGGUAAUGGAAAGUGUGGCUGUGCCAGAUUCUGAAUCUAAAGAGUAUGAGAAGGGAGCUAUUUGCCAUCGCCUGGUUCUUGUCUGUGGGACUUCUACUUGCCAUAUGGCUGUAUCUCGCAGAAAACUGUUCAUUCCAGGGGUCUGGGGUCCAUUUUGGUCAGCCAUGGUACCUGAAUACUGGCUCACAGAAGGUGGACAGAGUGCUACUGGUGCAUUACUGGAUUAUAUAAUUGAAAACCACGUUGCAUCUCCUCGCCUUGCAAAUCGCGCUGCUUCUCAAAAUAUUUCAGUCUUUGAGCUACUGAACAAGAUACUGGAAUCGAUGAUGCAAGACCUGAAAUCUCCUUUUCUUGCUGCUUUGACUGAAGAUAUACAUGUGCUUCCUGACUUCCAUGGAAACAGGUCUCCUAUUGCAGACCCAAAAGCAAAAGGGGUUGUAUGUGGCUUAACACUUGACACAAGUGAGAAGCAGCUGGCUCUUCUAUAUCUUGCUACAGUACAGAGUAUCGCAUAUGGUACCCGACACAUUGUGGAUCAUUGCAAUGCCCAUGGUCACCAAAUUGACACACUACUUGCAUGUGGUGGACUUGCAAAGAACCCCUUGUUCCUUCAAGAGCAUGCAGAUAUAGUUGGUUGCCCCAUAGUUCUUCCUCGAGAAAGUGAGUCUGUGCUCUUGGGUGCAGCCAUUCUUGGUGCAGUUGCCUCAAAGAAAUAUUCUAGUCUCAGUGAUUCCAUGAAGGCAUUGAAUGCAGCUGGUCAGGUAUGCACCGCAAAGCCUGAUCUUGUUUUAUUUUAUUUUAUCCAUUUUGUUAAUUUAACAAAGGUAGUAAUCUAUGGAGGUUAUUUUAUUCCAAGGUUGGGUAAAAUCUCCAACAUGGUUUAUUAACCACCCUGCUGGUAGAGGUAUAGAAAUUUAAUGUAAUUCUGAUUUGUCAAAGUUGCAGGAUAUUAUAUUGGCUGAAAUAUAACACCUUUAUAUUUUAACUUAAAACUUAUGUACAUAUUUUGCUACAGCUGAAAAUAUUAAGAUCAACAGAGUAACCUGCAUGUUUUUUGUCGAGUCUUGCUGUUUGUUUUUCAAGUUAAAUUUUGUUUUCAGAUAUUUUGUCUGAACACAAAAAGGUCAAAAGAUUAACUUUUAUCUGAAAUUUAAAGUUUGAAUCACAUUUUUACAUCGAUUUCAAUUCUAAUUUCAAACAAAUUCAGACAUAUUCAAACUUAAAACGACAUGGGGAAAGAAAAAAUAAAUGUCGUUAGUCUCACUCAGACACAAUCUAGGUUGUAAAAACAUCGUGUUUGAUAAACUCAACAAUUUUGGGAAAUACUGGCAGUGAGAGAGCAAGAGCAUUGUGUUAUUACAAUUUAUUGUCAUAACAUGCACAUAUGUCUUGGUUUGUGCUUCUGUUUGUUUUUAGGAGUUGCAGUAGUCCUGGGCAGGCAUAGAAGUAACUAUCAGUAAUGAGGUUGAAUUUAGUUUGGGUUAUUCGAAAGCCUAGACCUGGGAACAUCUUGUUUAUAAUUGGGAAGGGAACUUUGAAUUCCUUUUUAAGUCUGUCAUCAAAUCCUAGGGCUCAACCCUGGACAGGUGGUGGAAACUACCAAGUUGGAGUAUGGUAGGGGUAGAGGGAAUUUUCAGUUGAGCGGUGAAAUAUGUAGAGAUGAAAAAGAACACCAAUGUUUAAAUUUCACCACUUAUCAAUGUUAACCCGGAUUGAUUGAUGGGUGAGCAUCAGAUAUUUCCAGUACUAGGAGGCAGGUCAGUGGUCAGGCUUCUGUUAUGAGAUAUACGACUUGUUAAUAACAUGUAAAUCUAAAGAUUGCAGAGGCAGGUGCUAAUCCAAAAAUUGGCUGGGCCUAGAUCCAGCCCAAGAUUGCCUGGUCCUGCUUUAUUUGCCUACUGAUGGCAUAGAUUUCCGAUUUCAAUAUUGUUUCAAAGUAGAAUUUAGCAGCUCCAAUUUGGAGAGAUUUGUAAUAUAUAGUGAGACCACUCUUUUCUAAUAUUGGGGGUGUCAAGUAGGUUUCUUUAACAUGGAACAGAAUCCUGGCCUGUAGGAGUCCCUUUAAGGGGCUGCUACUGAUUUGAAAUAUUGUUAUUUGGAUUC